AUGGCAAACCACACAGCUGCAAGCUUGCUGCUACACAAGGCAACGACGACGAGGCCGCACUUCUCGCCAUCAAGGUCGCGGCAGUCCAUGGCGGCUACGUACGGAGACGUGCUUGCUUCGUGGAACGGUAGCACAGGCGGUGGCGGAUACUGCAGCUGGGAGGGGGUGAGGUGCCGAGGCAGCAGGCAGCAGCCUCGAGUGGUGGCGCUGAGCCUACCCUCUCGCGGGCUCACCGGCGUCCUCUCCCCGGCGGUUGGUAACCUUUCGUCCCUGAGGUUUCUCAACUUGAGCUCCAACGCCCUCGGCGGGGCCAUCCCUGCGAGCCUCGACCGCCUGCGCCACCUCCAUACGCUUGACCUCAGCAACAACGCCUUCUCCGGCCUCAAGAGCUUUGAUCUCGCCUUCAACUACCUCUCUGGUGAGCCCCCACGCUCUCUGUACAACUUGUCGUCUUUGGAAGCAUUGCAGAUCCAUGGAAACAAGCUCCAUAGAAGCAUCCCUGCCAAAAUUGGCAGCAGCUUUCCCAACAUGUCGAUUCUUAGCUUUUCUUGGAACCAGUUCACGGGGUCCAUCCCCGCUUCACUCACUAACCUCACAGCACUCCACCGAAUCGAACUCUCUGCAAAUAGGCUCCGCGGGCGUGUGCCUCCGGCGCUGGGGAGACUGCAAGGUCUGCAGCUCCUGUACUUGUUCCAAAACGAUCUAGAAGCAGACGACAGGAAGGGGUGGGAAUUCAUCACUUCAUUAUCGAACUGUAGCCAGCUCCAGGAUCUAAACAUCGCUGACAACAGCUUCACAGGGCAGCUGCCAAGUUCAAUAGGGAAUCUCUCGACGACCCUGCAAAUCCUCCGUUUGGAUUACCUCGACGGGAUAUCUGGAAGCAUCCCCUCAGCUAUUGGCAAUCUAGUCAGCCUUGAAGUCCUCGGUUUUGGGUUUACCUCCGUAUCCGGUGUGAUCCCAGAUAGCAUGGGCAAACUAGGAAACUUGAUUUUCAAACUGCCACUCCUCUCCAAGUACUUGGACUUGUCAUCUAAUUCACUGUCGGGCCCUCUUCCUUCUGAAGUCGGUAGCUUAGUGAACCUUAACCACAUGUAUCUAUCUGGAAACCAAUUAUCUGGUGAGUUACCUGACAGCAUUGGGGAAUGCAUCAUGCUACAAGAACUUUCGUUGGAGAAUAACUCAUUAGAGGGACAAAUACCUCAAUCUAUGAAGAAUAUAAAGGAUCUAGUUGCACUCAACUUGUCCAUGAAUAACUUGUCCGGUACUAUUCCAGAAGGCAUUGGUACCAUUCGCAACCUUCAACAACUGGAUCUAGCACACAAUAACUUGUCAGGACCCAUCCCACUAUCGUUGCAGAACUUGACAUCACUGUCAGAAUUAGAUCUGUCCUUCAAUAAUUUACAAGGGGAACUUCAUUUACUACCAUGCCACAAGAAUUCUCCAAAAAAAAACAAGAAAAGGCGGAUGAAGUCUCUUACAGUAGCUCUAGCGACAACAGCAGCAUUCCUGUUUUUGGCUUUUAUGGUUGUUGUCUUCCGGUUGAUCUGCAACAAGCAUAGACAAAGGGUCAAAAACUUAUUCCAGCCACCAAUAAUUGAGGAACAAUAUGAAAAAGUUUCUUACCAUGCAUUAGAAAAUGGAACCAACGGAUUUUCAGAAACCAAUUUGCUUGGUAAAGGAAGCUUUGGGAUGGUCUAUAAAUGCACUUUUCAAGAUGAGGGAACUCUUGCUGCGGUCAAGGUUUUCAACCUCGAGCAAUCUGGAUCUAAUAGAAGUUUUGUGGCUGAAUGUGAAGUGCUGAGAAGGUUCAUGCCAAAUGGUAGCUUAAGUGAUUGCCUUCAUCCAAAAUCUAGCAUGCCCACAGUAACUAAUACUCUCAGCAUUAUACAAAGGCUCAACGUUGCUGUAGAUAUCAUGGAUGGUUUGGAUUAUCUUCACAAUCACUGUCAGCCACCAAUCAUUCAUUGUGAUCUCAAGCCAAACAACAUCCUUCUUGCAGAAGACAUGAGUGCCCGAGUUGGAGACUUUGGCAUAUCAAGAAUCCUUCCAGAAACUGCAAAGUACGGUGAAGGGUCUUCUGUUUCAACUCUUGGAGAUGUUUAUAGCCAGGGCAUAUUGUUGCUUGAGAUGUUCACCGGAAGGAGCCCAACUGAUGAUAUGUUCAGAGGAUCAUUUGAUUUGCAUAAGUUUUCAGAAGAUGCUCUUCCAGAGAGAAUCUGGGAGAUGGUCGAUACAACAAUGUGGUUGCACACAAACACCAAUGAUAUCACCACAACUGAAACUGAGAAUUGCUUGGUUUCUAUCGCUGCACUCGGAAUAUCUUGCUCAAAGAAGCAACCAAGAGAGAGGACGCCGAUACAGGUUGCAGCCAUCAAAAUGCAUGAUAUCAGAGAUUCGUACUGA